AUGGGAAUAUCCUUUACUGACGGAAUUCGCCACAUUGGCCCACCUGGUCUGGCCACACAGUGCAUGGUGCUCGGCGGUGGAGCCCCAAUCCCUGAGGACCUCCUCCUCCCAGGAGACAGCCCUCAGAAGCCUGUCAUGGAGUGGACUCUCCCUGGCUUAAUCUCAAUCUUUCUGCCUGAGUUCCCACACCCUAAAUUCCCUGGGCAAGACAAUUUCCAGAUCCUGGGCUUCAUAGCCAAAGGCUCCUUUGGUCCUAUCUUGAAAGUAAAGGACAGGUCGAAGGAGAAGACUUAUGCCGUUAAGCGGCAGGUCAGCCACCCAUUCCUCCACAAUCUGCAGGAUUGCUGGCAGACCCAGCGUCACCUCUUCAUUAUGUGUGAAUACUGCAGUACUGGAGACCUGUAUACCUACUGGUUACUGAAGGGCCAGUUUGGGGAGGAUGAGGCUCGGGUGUUCGCUGCAGAGCUAGGCUGUGCUUUGGGUUUCCUUCACAACUUUGGGAUCAUGCAUAGGGAUGUGAAGAUGGAGAAUGUCCUUCUGUCUGACCAAGGUCAUCUGCGUUUAACUGACUUUGGACUCUCUCGCCGUCUUGAGCGGGGCUCAAGAGCAUUUACAAUUUGUGGGACAAUCCAAUACAUGGCUCCUGAAGUCCUGAGUGGGGGUCCCUACAGCCAUGCUGCUGAUUGGUGGUCUCUCGGCGUUCUGUUGUUCUCAUUGGUGGCCGGAAAGUUCCCUGUGCCUCCAGAGCCAGACCACUCCAACAUGCUGAGAAAGGUCAGAGAUUGCCCAUACUCCAUGCCCAAGACCUUCAACCCUGCACUGACCCUUCUGCUCACAGAGCUCCUAUGCAAGAACCCAGCUCAUCGCCUGCGUAGCCUGGAGCGCUUCAAAAGGCAGACGUUUUUCCGUGGCACUUCCUUUGACUCUCAACUGCUACAGAAGAGACCCGUUGAACUAAUUCUAGAACUGAAGAACCAUCCUGAUCGUCCAGCCAUAGCCAUGCGAGGCCUGUCUAUGGACUACUUCCAGAACUUUGACAUACUCCACUCCCCUACCAGCUCCACUGACAUGUCACCUACUUUGGCCAACAUUGACCUGAGCCAGACCCUGGCUACAGCUCAGGGUUUUAGCACAUGAGAUGUGCAUGUGCUACUGUGACUCAAUACUGACUGUAGUGGAAACAAGUAUGGACAU